AUGGCGCUCAAGGCCGAGGCCACCUCCUCCAUCGGCACGGCCCUCCAUGUCAUGGCGACGGAGCGUGCCGCGCUGCAGCACCUGGAGACCCUCUAUCAAACCGAUGCGCGCGCCCAGCAGGAUCUGGCGCGCGCCGUGGAUCUGAUUGCGCAAACGAUACGCCAUGGUGGGAAGCUCGUGGUCUGCGGUGUGGGCAAGAGUGGCAAGAUUGCGCGCAAGAUCGAGGCCACGAUGAAUAGCUUGGGCAUUUACUGCACCUAUUUACAUCCCACGGAGGCAUUGCAUGGAGAUUUGGGCAUGAUUCGACCGAAUGACACUAUGCUCCUCAUCUCCUUCUCCGGACGCUCUCCGGAACUUCUCUGUCUUUUACCAUAUAUCCCCACCACAGUCCCCAUCAUCGCACUCUCCUCGCACACAAAUCCCGAUGCUUGUCCAUUGCUUUCCCUGCAUGGACCGCUCGGCACGGGCAUCUUGCUCUCCGCGCCGAUUCACGAACGAGAGGAGGUGUCCCUGGGUCUGAGCGCGCCCACAUCUUCGACGACCGUCGCUCUCUGUCUCGGAGACGCCUUGGCUAUUGCCAUUGGACGGAAAUUACACACCCAACCGGGACGUGGCCCGGCCGAAGUCUUCCGCGGUUAUCAUCCCGGCGGUGCCAUCGGCGCCGCUGCAGGCAUCACCGUCGGCACCGGCAGCGCGGCCACCACACCCGCCACACCCUCGACGGCUCCCUCGACCUCCAGCGGGGUGUCGAGCAGCUCUGCUUGUGACUCUCCUUCUUCUUCCAUCUCGAUGCCUUGGGAGGAGCUCUCCAACGGAUCGCCCAUUCCACCUCUCACAUUGCAAUCGCCUCCCGAGCGGACGCUACUCGCCCAGGAAUCCUACGUGCCGAUCGACCUGAUUCCCACCGCAUUGCCCCCAUACACCCAGUUGCACCCAUCGAAGAAACUUCGAAUCCUAGACCUCCUCCUCACAGCCAUCCAACAUCCAACGGCCAAAUCAUGGGUCUUUCUCUCCAAGGACGAAUUAAUCCCCCCCCGACGGAUCCGUGCGCUACUGUCCAAAACCCCCAAUGUCGAUCAGCAUGUCUCGGAUGUGGUGGUCACUGCAGACUCCAGUCCUCAAGGACAGCCCUUGGCGGUGCCGCGCGCGAAUUGGUUUGUGGUGGCCGAAUCCACCCCGCUGACUGAACUGCAACGUCUCGUCUCCACAUCCCGAAAUGGACCCGACCCCAUUGCGGUCAUCGCAGUGGUGAAAGAUCUCGCAUCUCCUACGAGCUACCUUGGUGUAAUGGAGGCUGAAGAUCUGUGGACUGGCUGA